GUUCAAAUCGCACGGUGCUUCCUCCGAGCUUGUGCGUCCCGUCAGCGUGCGUUACAAGGAGGUUUACUUGCAUAGUUAUUAGGAAAAUGGCGAGCUGGUGUGUCCGAGCGGUGAGACAGAGCUACUCACUAGUAGCUUCGCCUGCGCUAAUACGAGCCUCUCCACGACUGUUAUGUACAGCCACCCAGCAGAAGAAUGGCCACAGGUCUGAGGAGGAGGCUGAGAAGCCAGAGCAGAAUGCAGCAGAGAAAGUCCUGAUGGAGAAGACCCAGCUGGAGGAGCAGCUCAAGGACAUGACAGAAAAGUACAAGCGUGCCUUAGCUGACACAGAGAACCUCAGGACCCGGAGUCAGAAGAUGAUAGAGGAUUCUAAAUUAUACGGGAUCCAGGGCUUCUGUAAGGACCUGCUGGAGGUGGCCGACAUCUUGGAGAAGGCCACAGAGAGCGUGCCCAAGGAGGAGGUGACGAGCCAGAACCCUCACCUGAAGAACCUGUACGACGGCCUGGUGAUGACCGAGGUCCAAAUCCAGAAGGUGUUCACCAAGCAUGGCCUGGUCAAGCUCAACCCUGACGGCCAGAAGUUCGACCCCUACGAGCAUGAGGCCCUUUUCCACGCCCCUGUGGAGGGCAAGGAGCCUGGCACCGUCGCCAUAGUAACCAAAGUGGGCUACAAGCUUCACGGUCGCACCCUCAGGCCAGCGUUGGUGGGUGUGGCUAAAGCCCCCUAGAAAGGAUGAUGAAACUGUGACAAAGUGGGAUUUGUUUUGUUGCCUGGGUGAUGGAUGACCCCAGGUACAGUAGACUGGUCAAGGCACCCUGCCACCCUUUUCCCAUCAGCCUGUCGUCGCACUACCCCUCCACCCCAAGGUGCCUCAAGGAGACAGGAACUCAGCUGAAAUGAACUUUGUAUCUGGACAAUAUUCAUCUGUUUUUAAGAAACACAUCACACUUCGUCUGGCACAGGACAGUCUUUACAGUAAAAUUUCAGUUUGUCAUCAGUCGUUUCAGACAGUUAUUGUCAGUGAUUGUAAAAAAUGCACCAGGUCAACGGCAGAGGUUUUCAUGUCUCUUUCCACUACUAUAAAUCUUAACUGGAAGAGAAGCAGUUGAAAUAUUUCUCACUGACUUAAAGAAAAAAAAAAAGCUUAACAAAUGAUUAUAACCCCAUCUAAUUUCAAGACUUUUUUUUGGGUGAGAGAGAGUGUAAAAUCCAUCCACAAAGUGAGUGCUGAUUCUGAACUGCUGGUAUCAUUCCGGACUUUUGUUUAAAGCCCUAAUUAUCUUGAACUUGACUCUGUAGUUGUCUUUUCUUGUUUGUGAGUAUUAAAUUCAAGGCGUUAAUAAAGCGAGGAGCAGUACAUGAGGAUCUUAAGAAAGGUUGAGAUUUUAUUUUGUACUGAGGUGCGCUUUCCAAAGCCUUUAUAGUAAAGACAUCUUUCUCCAGUUCAUUUGGAUGUGAUCAGGCUCUGGUAAGCCAGCCUCAGUCAAAGUAAUAUCCCUGUGCCACAGUUUGGAUCGGUAGAGUUUGACAGUGAUGUAACAGCUUUAUCUGUGAACUAUUGGAAUAAUUAUAUACUAUAUAUGGACCUUUGUCCAAACUGUCACAGCAUCAGAAUAAACUCAUCAACUUUGAAA